AAUUUCAGAGAUGUCUUCCAGAAGUCCCAAAGAUUUAAUUAAAAGUAAAUGGGGAUCAAAGCCUAGUAACUCCAAAUCAGAAACUGCAUUAGAAAAAUUUAGAGGAGAAAUUGCAGCUUUAAAAACAUCAGUGGAUGAAAUCACAAAUGGAAAAGGAAAGCUGGCUGAUAAAGACAGACACAGACUUUGGGAGAAAAUUCGAGUCCUUGAAGCUGAGAGGGAGAAGAAUGCUUAUCACCUCACAGAGAGGGACAAAGAAAUACAGCGACUCAGAGACCAGCUGAAGACCAAACACAGCACUACUGCAUUGCUUGAACAGCUGGAGGAGAAAACAAAGGAAGGUGAAAGGCGGGAACAGCUGUUGAAAUCCUUGUCUGAAGAGACAGAUGUAUUGAAAAAACAGUUGUCUGCUGCAACUGCAAGACUUACAGAACUGGAAAGCAAAGCCAGCUCACUUCAUUUAUCACAGACUGUGGCUACAAGCUGUUUCAACUCAUCAAUGAGUAAUAUUCAUGAAAUGGAAAUACAGCUGAAAGAUGCUCUGGAGAAGAAUCAGCAGUGGCUUGUGUAUGAUCAGCAGCGAGAGGUCUAUGUACAAGGACUUUUAGCAAAGAUCUUGGAGUUGGAACAGAAAUUGGAAACAGCUGCUCAUUCACUCCCACAGCAGAUAAAAAAGACUGAAUCAGAAGGUUGUCUUCAAGAAGAAAUGCAAAAAUAUUAUAACCAGCUCUUGGCAAAUGCAAAAAAAGAUCUUGAGGUUGAACGACAAACCAUAACUCAGUUGAGUUUUGAACUUAGUGAAUUUCGAAGAAAAUAUGAAGAAACCCAAAAAGAAGUCCAAGAUUUAAAUCAAUUGUUAUGCUCACAAAGAAAGGCAGAUGUACAACAUCUGGAAGAUGAUAGGCAUAAAACAGAGAAAAUCCAAAGGCUCAAGGAAGAGAAUGAUAUUGCUAGGGAAAAGCUUGAAGAAGAGAAGAAAAGAUCUGAAGAGCUCUUAUCUCAGGUCCGGUUUCUUUACACGUCUCUGUUAAAGCAGCAAGAAGAACAAACAAGGGUAGCUCUGUUGGAACAACAGAUGCAGGCGUGUACUUUAGACUUCGAAAAUGAAAAACUUGACCGUCAGAAUAUGCAGCAUCAGUUGUAUGUCAUUCUUAAGGAGCUCCGAAAAGCAAGAAAUCAAAUAACACAGUUGGAAUCCUUGAAGCAGCUUCGUGAGCUUGCCUUCACAGAGCCAUUAAUCCCUCUCCAAGGAGAGGCUGAAAACAGAGUGAAAGCUGCGUCACCCAAAAGUCCCACUGCUGCACUAAAUGAAAGCCUGGUGGAAUGUCCCAAGUGCAACAUGCAGUAUCCGGCCACCGAACAUCGGGAUCUACUUGUCCAUGUUGAGUACUGUUCAAAGUAGCGGUAUAAGUAUUCUUUGUUUUUGUGCCAAAAGAUUCAACGCUGUAUCUUAUGUUAGCUUAUGGACAUUUUGAAUUACUUAUUUCACCUCUUAUUUAAGACACCUUCUAUCUACCUUUGAGACUCUGGCAUAGAAGUGAAUCAUUGUAUUUUUUUGCUACUUCGCAUUUUCCUUGGCAGCAAUACCUCCCUAAGAUGGUUCAUCUUCAGGCCUCGGUGGCAGAAUGUGGUGAGCAGUGAAUGCUGAGACGGCUAACAUUCUGCACUGUUAACGUACUUGAUGGAGAAAGGAUAGUUCAGGUUAUUGCUCAUGGGUUAAAUCUUUUACACUGGCAAGCAAAUAUUUUAUGUUUUGUGGGUUGUUAGAAAUCAAAGGUAAUUAACCAAGGAUCUUACUGUGUUAGCAUGUUUUAUCCAAGCACUUGGCAUACCUACAAUAUACCUACAGUUGAGUCCAUUGUUAAAAGAUGGUGAUAACUUUUUCUCUUUUUUCUUGCUAUUAUAGAAUGGUUAUUAGAAAACUUGGGAAUUUUCUUGAUCUUUAUUGCUGCUUACUAUUGAAAUUGUAAACCUCGCUGUGUUCUAAGCACAAAGCAGAUUCUACUUAAGGAGUACUCCUAAGUAACCACACACAAUGUUUUCUGUCAUAUUAACUGGCUGUAACUUUAACUUGAAUUUCAUUAGCACAUGUUGGUUGCUAAAAUUCUUAAAAGGAAUUUUAACAAAACCAUCCAGCCCACUCAUUUGAUUUCCAGAUAUUUUAUUUAUUUAUUUUUGGCACUCAAAGCUGGGCAAUGUAAUAAGCAGAUAUUUGCUUAUCUGAAUAUAUGUUUUUAUACAAACAUGUGUAAACCCCAAAUUUUUUUAUUUCUUCAGGUUUUCUCAAAUACUUAACACUGGGCUACUGUUAGUAAUAUAAAGGAGAAAAGAAUAAAAUUAUUUUAAGUUU